AUGCGCAGGACGGCGCGGCCGGGGCCGCCGGGCCGGGGCCGCCUCCCGUGGACCCGCGGCCUGAGGGCCCCGCCGCCGCCGCUGCUGCUCCUGCUCGCGCUGCUGCCGCUGCUGCUCGCACCAGGCGCCGCCGCCGCCCCUGCCCCGAGGCCGCCGGCGCUGCCUCCCGCGUCCGCCGGGCCCAGCGUAAGCCUCUACCUGAGCGAGGAUGAGGUGCGCCGGCUUAUCGGUCUUGAUGCAGAACUUUAUUAUGUGAGAAAUGAUCUUAUUAGUCACUACGCCCUAUCCUUUAACCUGUUAGUACCCAGCGAGACAAAUUUCCUGCACUUCACUUGGCAUGCAAAGUCCAAGGUUGAAUAUAAGCUGGGAUUCCAAGUAGACAAUUUUGUGGCUAUGGACAUGCCCCAGGUCAACAUUUCUGCUCAGGGGGAAGUUCCACGCACUUUAUCAGUGUUUCGGGUCGAGCUUUCCUGUACUGGCAAAGUAGAUUCUGAGGUUAUGAUACUAAUGCAGCUCAACUUGACAGUAAAUUCUUCAAAAAACUUUACAGUCUUAAAUUUUAAACGAAGGAAAAUGUGCUACAAAAAACUUGAAGAAGUAAAAACUUCAUCCUUGGACAAAAACACUAGCAGAACUAUUUAUGAUCCUGUACAUGCAGCUCCAACCACUUCUACACGUGUAUUUUAUAUCAGCGUAGGGGUUUGCUGUGCAGUAAUAUUUCUUGUAGCAAUAAUAUUAGCUGUUUUGCACCUUCAUAGUAUGAAAAGGAUUGAACUGGAUGACAGCAUCAGUGCCAGCAGUAGUUCCCAAGGGCUGUCUCAGCCAUCUACCCAGACGACUCAGUAUCUGAGAGCCGACACACCCAACAAUGCAACUCCUAUCACCAGCUCCUCAGGUUAUCCUACCUUGCGGAUAGAGAAGAAUGACCUGAGAAGUGUCACUCUUUUGGAGGCCAAAGCUAAGGUGAAGGAUAUCGCAAUAUCCAGGGAGAGGAUAACUCUAAAAGAUGUACUCCAAGAAGGUACUUUUGGGCGUAUUUUCCAUGGGAUUUUAGUAGAUGAAAAAGAUCCAAAUAAGGAAAAACAAGCAUUUGUAAAAACAGUUAAAGAUCAAGCUUCUGAAAUUCAGGUGACAAUGAUGCUCACUGAAAGUUGUAAGCUACGAGGUCUUCAUCACAGAAAUCUUCUUCCUAUUACCCAUGUCUGUAUAGAAGAAGGAGAAAAGCCCAUGGUGAUAUUGCCUUACAUGAAUUGGGGGAAUCUUAAAUUGUUUUUACGGCAGUGCAAAUUAGUAGAGGCCAAUAAUCCACAGGCAAUUUCUCAACAAGACCUGGUCCACAUGGCUAUUCAGAUUGCCUGUGGAAUGAGCUAUCUGGCCAGAAGGGAAGUCAUCCACAAAGACCUGGCUGCUAGGAACUGUGUCAUUGAUGACACACUUCAAGUUAAGAUCACAGACAAUGCCCUCUCCAGAGACUUGUUCCCUAUGGACUAUCAUUGUCUGGGAGACAACGAAAACAGGCCGGUUCGGUGGAUGGCUCUUGAAAGUCUGGUUAAUAACGAAUUCUCCAGUGCUAGUGAUGUGUGGGCCUUUGGAGUGACGCUGUGGGAGCUCAUGACUCUGGGCCAAACACCCUAUGUGGACAUCGACCCGUUUGAGAUGGCCGCGUACCUGAAAGACGGUUACCGAAUAGCCCAGCCGAUCAACUGUCCUGAUGAACUAUUUGCUGUGAUGGCUUGUUGCUGGGCCUUAGAUCCGGAGGAGAGGCCCAAGUUCCAGCAGCUGGUCCAGUGUCUCACAGAGUUCCAUGCAGCCCUGGGGGCCUACGUCUGACUCCUCUCACAGUCCCCCAGCGUCAGGAGGAAGGAGCCUGCCAGGGCUCACUUGCAGCCGGUCACGGAUGCCGCAUACGCCACGCAACGCCGCAGAAGCACAUUUGUCUUCCAGAGCACCGUGCCUUAGGAAUGCUUUAGAAUCGGAACUAUCUAAGGCAGACUUAAUGAUGUCAAAUAUUUUCUAGAUAUCACUUUCAUUAGGUUGAACUGAAAAUGUUUUUGUAAAUUUUUUGGCCAAAAAUUUUUUUAAACAUAGUUAACUUUGGACUAGGGGUACAUUCUUACAAAAUAAAUAAACAGUUUUUAAAAUUGUUUAAACACAGGUAUUUGGAAUAGCUACCUUAGUGCAACUGCUUUUUAUUUUUUUUACUUCAUCAAGGUAAUGUAGGUGAUUCACCUUUAAAGUUUUUUGUUUGUUUGUUUUAAUAUUUAUCCAUAGUCUUGGGAAUGGUUUGUCUUCAAGAUGCAGUACUUUUUCUUAGGAAAAGAAAAACAGAAAAAGAUGUCGGUUUGCCUUGUACAGGAAAAGGCAAUAUUGGAGGAGGAACACUGAAAGAAAAGCUAGAGGGGAAAAAAAGAGAAAAAUACUUAUUAGAAACUGCCCUUCCGUGGAGAAUUGUUCUUUAUUUUUUUAAUGAAAAGGAGUUCUCCUUUCUUAUUUUGGGGGAAGUAGGAGCUGAGUUCAUUGAAACAUCUUAAUUUUGGCAGAACCUAGCAUUUCUGUGAGCCAGAAGUGGGUUUGGGACAGGUCAGUAGUGAACAGUGGCGAUCUUAUUUAUUUUUACUCUCUGGAAAAGGAGAUAACACAAUUCCAGAAAGUGAAAUCUUGUUUCUAAGGUUAGGAAUUCCUUUUAUUGCACCUAGAAUAGUGCCAUGCACAGAAUGGGUGCUUGAGUUGUUUUGAGUAAAAAAAUGUAAACAGGUAGAUUUUGUACCUAUCUUCAAGGCUGGCUUAAGUAUAAAAUGGUUUUUUAAAAACACCUGAGAAAUUAAAGGAUUUGUUUUAUAUUA